AUGUCGGCGUCGAACAUCCGGGUAUUCGUACAAUGGAAGGACUCGACCGUGUUUGCCGGCGAAGACAUUGAGUGCACCAUCACCUUCAAGAACGUCGCCGCGCCCGACGGCGCCCACAAGCAGAAUGGCUUUGCGACGCCCAGCGAGCGCCAGCGCAAGCUGCCCCCCGUGCACUCGUCGACACGCCCGUCCGUCUCGCCCAAGUCUUCAUUCACCUCGCAGCAGCCGCCCGCGCAUGUCCACGGCCAUCGCCCCGCCCUGUCGCUGUACACGCCCUCGACCGCCGGCGACCGCCCCUCGCCCGUCACGCCGGGCGCUCCCCCGGCCAACUCCAGCACCCGCGGCCAGAGCCACGGCAGGCCAAACUCGUAUCCAAUUGCUUCCCCCGGCCACCGCUCAGCGACACACCCCUCGCCCCUCUCUGGCGGCGACACGGCCGACCUCGCCCUCAUGACGCGCUCCAACAGGCGACGGCCGGGCGUCACCACCACGCCCAGCACCCCAGGCCCCCCGCUCACCGGCAGGAAGCCGUCCAACUCCUUCUCGCACAGCUUCAGAUUCCCGGCCGCCCCGCCACCGCCGUUUGAAGACGCCUCGCAGCCACCGCCUAACACCAGCCCGUCCAGACAGCCACUACACACCCGCCGCAACUCGCCACAGCCGCCCCAUGACACCCGCCGCCCGUCGUCAUCCGCCAAUCUCGAGGUGCUCUCGCCCGUAGCCAGGAUCAUAUCGGGAUCGAGCCUGAACGACACUCCGCGGAGCAGUGGAGAGUUCUACUCGAUGAGCAACAACUCCAACGAGACAAUGGCUUCCGAAUACACGGCUCACCCCUCGGCGCGUCUCCUGAGCCGCCCGCAACACCAAAGACGGCCAUCGCAUCUGGUUCCGUCCACCAAGCAGGCCCAGCCCGAGUCCAUCAUGAUGGGCUAUGCGCAGAUAAUGGGCUCCUUUACCCUCGAUGGCUCCUUGAUCAAUCAGGCGCCCUUUGAAGAAGUGAAGAGAAAGGGCGUAGUGGGUGGCCAGGGCGGAGGGGGUGUCGUGGGCCUCGAGAAGACGAAGCGCGAAAGCGGACUCUUUGGUGCACUGGGCUGGGGCAGCAUAGGAGAGUCGCUGGGCGGACUGCUGGGCUCGGCAGAGCAGUCUAGUAUCCGCGAGAUGCGAGGCAUUGCCAGCUCCAAGACGGUCCCUCUGAUUUCCACUCCGCAGUCGAUCCUGUUUGUCGACUUGAAACUGGCGCCUGGAGAAAGUCGCAGCUUCACAUACAGCUUCACAAUACCCCGCGGUCUGCCCCCGUCACACAAGGGCCGGUCGAUGAAGGUAGCAUACAAUCUCACAAUUGGCACGCAGCGCGCACGUUCGACCAAAGAGCAACAAGUGAAACAUGUCGAGAUUCCAUUUCGUGUCUUUGGCAGCGUGAACAGCCGCGGCGAGAUUCUGGGCCACGAUCUGAUGUCUCCAUACGUUCUGCUUCGCGACCAAGCACGCACAGCAGCCAUUGACCCCAUAUCCAGCCCCAAGCCUUCUCCAACAAAAAAGGGGGGCGCUCCAAAGAAGCUGCAAGAGGACACGUACAGCGACUUUCUCGAAUACGUGGGCAAACUGCUAGACCGGCCUCGGGACGACUCCAACAUAGGCUUGCUGUCACCCACGGAUACCCUGCCCGGCCGAUCUUCAUUUGCUGAAGAACCCCAGACGAUGAAGGAAACCAUUGAUACCGCCAUUUUGCGCAGUAACCUGACUGGCGCGGCGAACCAGAGCGCCAACCGCUUUGAGAUUGCUCGCAGCGGCCGACGGGUGGCCGUCAUCAUGCUCGCCCGGCCCUCUUAUCGCCUAGGCGAAACCAUGACUGCAGUCGUCGACUUUACAGACUCGCACAUACCAUGUUACUCGAUCCACCUGUCGCUUGAGACGUCAGAAAAGGUGGAUCCCGCCAUAGCACUCCGUUCGAAUGCCUCGAUAUAUCGCGUUACCAAGAAGGUGCAUGCCUCGUUUUCAGAAAACGCCCUGUUUGCCCAAAAGCUAGCCUUUUCCCCCACUAUACCCCCCAAUGCGACACCAGAGUUUAUUACAUCGGGUGUGAGUCUAGAGUGGAAACUCCGCAUCGAGUUCAUCACUCCACGGUUGAUGCACGAGAACGGCGACGAGGCGACGUGGGAUGAUUUGUUAGAAGAGAUAUCCACAAACGAGCGGGGAACCAUACUUGCUGCUGCUCAGCGAUUACCGGCAGAGAGUUUUGAAGUCCAGGUUCCAAUCCGCGUCUAUGGGGCUGUCAGCGGAGCGCCAGAAGUACCUGAUGAACAGGGCUAUCCUGUAUGAAAUUAAUAGGAGUUGAACCACUCGACAUGUUGCUACGACACGAAUAGAAGAAAAU